CCAUGAGGGUCAAGGUGGGAGGCCGUCUUGUGUCUCCUCCCUCCCUCUUCCUUGUGAUUCCCAGCCCUGUGACAUGUACAUUGUGAGAGGCUUCCUUCCCUCCCAUCUGCUGGAGCUGCAGCUGCUGCAGUCAUGGCUGCUGAUGGGAUUGAUGAGCGCUCCCCUCUGAUCUCUCCCAAUUCUGGCGCACCCCCCUAUGGACAGGACAACAACCUGCAAGCUGAAUUACCUCCUCCGUACACAGCCAUUGCCAGCCCAGAUGCCAGCGGAGUUCCCGUAGUAAAUUGCCGUGUGUGCCAGUCUCUUAUUAAUUUGGAUGGAAAGCUUCAUCAGCAUGUCGUGAAGUGCACAGUCUGCAAUGAGGCCACGCCAAUCAAAACCCCUCCCUCAGGGAAGAAGUAUGUCAGGUGUCCUUGUAACUGCCUCCUUAUCUGCAAGGAUACAUCACGGCGAAUAGGAUGUCCGCGACCUAACUGCAGACGUAUCAUUAAUCUGGGCCCGGUGAUGCUGAUACCUGAAGAACAGCCUGCCCAGCCCGCCCUCCCGCUUCAGCCAGAAGGUACCCGAGUAGUUUGUGGUCACUGUGGAAACACUUUUCUGUGGAUGGAACUGAGAUUUAACACAUUGGCAAAGUGCCCACAUUGCAAGAAAAUAUCAUCUGUAGGAAGUGCCCUUCCCCGCCGACGCUGCUGUGCUUAUAUUACAAUGGGAAUGAUCUGCAUUUUUAUUGGUGUUGGCCUAACUGUCGGCACACAAGAUUUCGCCAGACAUUUCCGUGCAACGUACGUCUCCUGGGCGGUUGCCUAUCUCUUAGGCUUAGUUUGUCUUAUUCGGGCUUGUUACUGGGGAGCCAUAAAAGUUAGCUAUCCAGAGCAUACCUUUGCAUAGAUCUGUCUAUACUAGAACAUUAUAGUGUGUAAUUUAUGGCUAAUGAUUCUGGGCAUUCUCUUCCUUUACAACCCCCGUGGGUGAAUUUAUCACAAAAUAGCCAACUGAAGCCUCUUCAGCCACUGAACUGCUUUAUGGGAAUGCCCACCCCCGGCCUUCAUACUGAAUGAUGGUAGCCCAAUCUGCACCGCUGCACCUCUGCAAUGAGUUGCAAACUACUGCAGUUUGUAUUCUUUUGUUAUGAGCAACUGAAGAAUCAAAGGCGUAGGACGUGACUUGGUGACCUGGAGGUGCGGCCUUGCUUGACCGUUCUGCCGGGGUUGGACUUUCCUUGUAAAGCUCAGAGUUGGACACGCUCUGCCUUUU